CUCGUUCAAUGUCGGUCGCGCCUUCCCAGCGCAGACGUAGCGGCACCCAGCAGCGUCCAGAAGGCGACGCCCCGGCAGCGAAACAUGCAUCGACGCUCGCUCACGGCCGCGCCCAGCGCUGCUCAACACCCCCCGUGCCCUGUCCCGAGUACCCUCAUUCGUCGGCACCACCCAGCUUGAUGCCAAGUGCACCUCCUUGGCAUGCCACCUUCGCCCGUGUUUAAUAUAUAAGGCGUGAGGUUGAACCCGGCCCUCAGCUCCUUGGCUACAGUCUUCGCACUUCUUGUCCUUCCUUACCUCCUCCAGGGCGCUUGGUACCAAGCUCGGCAAAAGCUUCAACCAUGGCCAACAAGACCUCCGGCGGGAACAACGCGUUCCACAACUUCCACAAUGACUUCGCCCACAUCGAAGACCCCAACGAGCGCCGUCGGCUGGCCCUCGCCGAGAUCGACAAGGCCCCGUUCGGCUGGUAUCACGUUCGUGCAGUCUUGGUGGCCGGCACUGGUUUCUUCACCGACAGCUACGACAUCUUCUGUGUCUCGUUGCUCUGUAUCAUGCUGGGCAUCGUCUACAAGCACGACAACAAGGGUGUCUUGUUGACCCCCCAGGAUACUGCCAUCAAGCUGUCAACCUCGGCCGGUACUGUCAUCGGUCAGGUCGGCUUCGGUGCCCUUGCCGACAUUGUCGGUCGCAAGAAGAUGUACGGUCUCGAGCUGAUCCUCAUCAUUGUCGCUACGCUUGCUCAGGCCCUCACCGGCCCGGGCCCAGGGACUAGCAUCGUUGGUUUGAUCAUCUUCUGGCGUGUACUCAUGGGCAUUGGUAUUGGCGGAGACUACCCUCUUUCGAGCAUCAUCACAUCCGAGUUCGCUACCACCAAGUGGCGUGGUGCAAUGAUGGCCGCCGUCUUCUCCAUGCAAGGUCUCGGACAGCUUGGCGGGGCCCUCGUCAUGCUCUGCUUGACUGCUGGUUUCAAGGACUCUCUUUCCACCGCAGUCAAGACCAAAGCCACCGCAGGCGUUCCUGCGACCACAAACUACCAAAACUGCACUGGAGAAUGCGCCGUCUCUGUUGACAAGAUGUGGAGAGCUCUUAUCGGUAUUGGCAUCGUGCCCGCCGCGAUUGCUCUCUACUACCGUCUCACCAUCCCUGAGACCCCACGUUACACCUUUGACGUUGCUCGUGACGUCGAGAAGGCUAACGCUGAUACGGAGAAGUACCUCUCAGGCAAGUACGGCGAGGGCCACCCCGAUGAGAUCCAAGCUGUCGCCGCUCGUCGUGCUUCCGUCGAGCAACUUCACGUGCCCAAGGCUUCAUGGUCCGACUUCUUCCGCUUCUACGGCAAGAUCCGCAACGGCAAGAUCCUAUUCGGAACUGCAAUGUCCUGGCUGUUGCUCGACGUUGCCUUCUAUGGGCUCGGUUUGAAUGCUUCCACCGUCCUUACGGCUAUUGGCUACGGAAGCGGUGCCAACGCCUAUCACCAGCUGUACAACCUUGCCGCUGGUAAUGCCAUCCUAACCUGUGCCGGUGCUAUUCCUGGAUACUGGCUUGCUGUGGCCACCAUCGACACGGUUGGUCGCAAGCCCCUCCAACUGAUCGGCUUCAGCUUCCUCACCAUCCUCUUCAUCGUCUGGGGUUUCGCCUACCACCACCUGUCCAGCCAUGCGAUGCUUGCCAUCUACAUCCUCAUCCAGCUCUUCUUCAACUGGGGACCCAACACUACCACUUUCAUUGUACCCGGCGAGUGCUUCCCUACCCGUUACCGUUCGACCUCGCACGGUAUCUCUGCCGGCUCCGGAAAGAUUGGAUCCAUCAUUGCCCAGGGUGCCAUUGCUCCUCUGCGCACUCGCGGUGCCGUCAAGAGUGGAGACUCUCCAUGGCUCAACCACGUCAUGCAAAUCUUCUCUGCUUUCAUGUUCGCCGGUGUCUUCACCACGCUGCUCAUCCCCGAGACUAAGCGCAGGACGCUUGAGGACCUUGCUAUGGACUGGGACAUGGGUGAUGAGAGCAUUACCGGAGCGCCUGCUGUCAACAAGUCUACGGACGCCAACAGCGACGAGCCCCACGAGCCCAAGACCGUUUAGGAUAUGGAGCGUCGUGGAGGAAGUGUAGCGCAGGGGUGGGCGCUUUUCAGUCACUUCUGCCAGAGGAUAUAGCCUUGGCGAAGUCCGUGUAUAAUUUAAUACUCUGCAUACCCCGUUAGGCCAGAUUGUAUGUACCAUCGGUCGCUUCAAUGUCAAUACUACUUCAUAACUUGAA